UCACCAGAAAACACAGUAUCAAUAGCCGCACUUAGAGUUUUUCUUCUUUCCCUUUCCGCCUACCUCCUACCCCUCCCUAGACUUCUCUGGGCUUUGACGUCAUGUGUGCUCCUUUCAGUUGUCAUAGCAACCCCAUUCCCCAAGCCCUCUGUCCGUCUCCUCUGGUAGGUUCCACAAUGGUACAGGCGGCAUCACGCUGCACAAUGGUUUCCAGGCAGUGAAAGAGAGUGAUUCAGCAAGGCACUUGUCUUCUUUUACAACCUCCCCUUUGCUUUUUAUUUUUAUGGGGGUGGGUGGUACUUGUUUUAUGCUUGCCCUUUUCUUUUCUUUUGCAAUUUUUUGCAAUUUUUCUUUUUCCCUUCACCCCUCAAUUUCUAGGGGCUUUGAGUGACUUUAAGGUCGAAUGUUCUUGGAAAUUACCUAUCCAUCAUUAAUUUAAAGCAAUCUCCCCACCUCCAAAGAAUAUCUUCCUUGUUACACUUUGGAAUGUGGUGCAUGAAAGACAAGUAGGGAGGAUUUGGGGGGCAAACGCUGCCGAUCAGGAUCCUAGUUCUCAGGAGCGGAAUGGCUAGUGUGAGAAACGCCAACACCAGAACCAUCUUUGAUCUUCGUUAUGGCAACUCGUAUAAGAAACUGUUGAAUUAGGCCCAUUUCCUAGAUAUAAGAAACCUUACAAGCAGUGGUAUUUAUGAGCCUCCAUUUCUUACACUACUGUAGUGAACCUACCUUGGAUGUGAAAAUUGCCUUUUGUCAGGUGUGUGUUCCUUACAGGUAAAACAAGGGAUUCGAUAAACAAGUGGAUGUGUCAUAUAUUGCCAAACAUUACAACAUGAGCAAAAGCAAAGUUGACAACCAGUUCUACAGUGUGGAAGUGGGAGACUCAACCUUCACGGUUCUCAAGCGCUACCAGAAUCUAAAGCCUAUUGGCUCUGGGGCUCAGGGAAUAGUUUGUGCUGCCUACGAUGCUGUCCUGGACAGGAAUGUGGCCAUUAAGAAGCUCAGCAGACCUUUUCAGAACCAAACGCAUGCCAAGAGAGCCUACAGGGAGCUGGUCCUCAUGAAGUGUGUAAACCAUAAAAAUAUUAUUAGUUUAUUAAAUGUUUUCACACCCCAGAAGACAUUGGAGGAGUUCCAAGAUGUUUACUUAGUAAUGGAACUGAUGGAUGCCAACUUGUGCCAGGUGAUUCAGAUGGAAUUAGACCAUGAGCGAAUGUCUUACCUGCUUUACCAAAUGCUGUGUGGCAUCAAGCACCUUCACUCUGCUGGAAUUAUUCACAGGGAUUUAAAACCAAGUAAUAUUGUAGUCAAGUCUGAUUGCACAUUGAAAAUCCUUGACUUUGGACUGGCCAGGACAGCAGGCACAAGCUUCAUGAUGACUCCUUAUGUGGUGACGCGUUAUUACAGAGCCCCUGAGGUCAUUCUAGGAAUGGGCUACAAGGAGAACGUGGAUAUAUGGUCUGUGGGAUGCAUUAUGGGAGAAAUGGUUCGCCACAAAAUCCUCUUUCCAGGAAGGGAUUAUAUUGACCAGUGGAAUAAAGUAAUUGAACAAUUAGGAACACCAUGCCCAGAAUUUAUGAAGAAAUUGCAACCCACGGUGAGAAACUAUGUUGAAAAUCGGCCCAAGUAUGCAGGACUCACCUUCCCCAAGCUCUUUCCAGAUUCCCUCUUCCCAGCGGACUCUGAGCACAAUAAACUCAAAGCCAGCCAAGCCAGGGACUUGUUGUCAAAGAUGCUAGUGAUUGAUCCUGCAAAAAGGAUAUCAGUGGAUGACGCCUUGCAGCAUCCCUACAUCAAUGUCUGGUACGACCCUGCUGAAGUGGAGGCGCCUCCACCUCAGAUAUAUGACAAACAGUUGGAUGAAAGAGAACACACCAUUGAAGAAUGGAAAGAACUUAUCUACAAGGAAGUAAUGAAUUCAGAAGAAAAGACAAAAAAUGGUGUAGUAAAAGGACAGCCUUCUCCUUCAGGUGCAGCAGUGAACAGCAGUGAGAGUCUCCCUCCAUCCUCGUCCGUCAACGACAUCUCCUCCAUGUCCACCGACCAGACCCUGGCAUCUGACACUGACAGCAGCCUGGAAGCCUCAGCAGGACCCCUGGGUUGUUGCAGGUGACUAGCCGCCUGCCUGCGAAACCCAGCGUUCUUCAGGAGAUGAUGUGAUGGAAUACACACACAUGCAGACACACAUGCACACACAUCAAUGUAGACACACAAUGACAAGAAAAUGGCAAGGGAGAGAAUCAAAGCCUAAAAUUAAAACAAAUCUUCCAGCCUGCUUCUUCUCCAGAGUUCCGUAACACAGCUAAGCUCAAAUGUAUAUUUAACUCCUAGUUGCUCUUGCUUUUGAUCGUUUUCCAACAAUGCUUACUACAGAAGGCAAAUCAAACACAAUUAGAGAAGCCUUUUUCAUAAGGUGUAAAUUGAAUGGCUGAAAAACCAGCAACCUGUAACUGCCCUUUCAAAUGGCAAGACAAGGUGUGCAAUGGCCCCAUCCAGCAUGUGUGUUUCUCUAUCUUGCAUCUACCUGCUCCUUUUGGCCUAGUCAGAUGGAUGUAGAUACAGAUCUGCAUGUGUCUGUAUUCAUACAGCACUACUAACUUAGAGAUGCUACUGUCAGUGUCCUCAGGGCUGCACCAAGACAUCAUGCACUGGGGUGCCACAUGGUCCAUUUCAUGUGAUCUAUUACUCUGACAUAAACCCAUCUGUAAUCUAUUGCCAGUAUAUAAGCUGUUUAGUUUGUUAAUCGAUUAAGCUGUAUGUCAUAUAAGAAAACAUGUAAAGGGGGAAACUAUGGGGGGAGUGAGCUCUCUCGGACUCUUGAAGAUGUAGCUUCCAAAUUUGAACUGAUUAAAUGGCACCUGUAUACCAAUUUGUAGAAAGAACAUAUGUGAUGCUUAUGGAGCGUGGGCGGGGGGAGGGGAGGAUCAUAGGUUUCAGGUAUGAAAUAGUUGGUCUUUAGAAGGAAGAUGUAACUAAAGCUGAGGGCCUUUGCUCUGACAGUGAGCAGGUAGGAGAAACUAGAGAGUAGCGUUGCAGUGUGGUCUAAGACCUAAAAGAAGUUAACUGCCCAGAUAUUAGAAGACACCGACAUCCAUAUUUUAGAGUAGACAUUGUUUGUCAUUUCCAAAUUCUGUGUCACAAUAGGAGGCUACUGGGAAGGGUGACAGGUGGUGAUGUAGGGUUAUUGUGUAUAUAUUUGGUUGUAAGAAACCCUCCCUAGAACCAAGAGCUAUUGCCUCCUUAUGAUUUCCUAACAGAAAAUGAGCCUUGCUUAGUCUGCUUUCAGAUUGUGGGUUGUGUUUUUUUCAUGAGUUUGUUGUUUCCCAGGGUCGACCCUACCUAGAUUCUAUUUUGAGAAGAAAUAUUAUUUUCCUCUUCUGGAAUAAGAAUGAAUAAAUUAAUCAAGAUGCAUCCCCGAGAAGCAAGAUGAUCCUCAGGUUGGCAUUUACAAACAUCUCCACAGACAUUCAUAUCCCUCAGUGGUUUCCCUGACUCUGUAAUAUGGCUGAUGUCUCAUAUUUAUUCAUUUACUUUCAUAACUGUGUCCAAUCCGAGAAGGGCUGAUCACCUGAGUUUUGCAACAGCAGUAAUGUAUGCGACAGCAAUAACUCUGCCAGUAAGUUACUGCUACUAAAUAGCUCUAGCAAUAUGAGUUUGUUUUAAAAGCCAUGAAGCAUUAAUGUCCAUGUUUAGCAAAAAUCACCUGGAUUAAUCUCAAAUGAAAUUACAGUGCUCUCUCGAGCAUUUACGGAGGUACUGUGAAACAUCUCGGUUAUAUACAAUGCACUACCAGGGUGACUUCACAGCAAUAAUAGGUCCCAGCUACAGGCUUCCCUUCUUAUUCACUUUGGUGAAGUAUCCAUCACAGUUCUCUGCACUCUGACCAUUUCGGUGCUCACCAGUGUGGUGAUAUUUCACCUGAAGAAGAGAAAUGCAUGCAAUGGAUGGUUGAUGAGUGUGAUGUGACUGACAAGUGGAAUCCCAUUAAAAAAAUAUAACAGAGCAAAUAAGAAUGCUCUGAAAACUGCCUUAAAUACCUAAGAGAAACUUUCUCUCUUUUCAAGCAAUAGGGUCAAUUGAGUACCACAGCCAUGCCCCCCUCCCCUGCCAUCACCAUGCGAAUAUACUGCCACUUAUGGGAUGGAUUCAUUCAAAGAGGUAAUUGGUUUAAGCUAGAGAGAAAACCAUUAGAAUGUAUAGUUUGUCCCC